AUGUCCAGCCAGAAUGCUACAGUGCUUUUGACUAGAUUGCUUUCAUUACGUGAAUCAUCAUCCUUCCAUCUCAUCUUAGAUUCCGUUGCUCAAUCAUCGUACUAUUUAGUGCAAGAAUAUUUUUAUCAUCUGCGGAAUACAAACAUUAUUUAUCUUUCAUAUGAAACUGCAAGUAAACCUAAAAAUGUCAAUGAGUUUUUGGAUUGUACUGUGACUCCUUUAACAGAUGUUAUUCAAUUUGUUAAAAAUCAUACAAAAUCUGGCGUCAAGAACUUGGUGCUAGUAGAUUCCCUCAAUUAUAUUGAUAACGAAAGCCUACCGCAAUUUCUUGCAAGCUUGGUCAAUCCGGAUGUUGUUGUGGUUGCUACGUAUCACACGAGUUGUAUUGCGCCAUACAUCACAUAUACCAACUACCCAUCUAGUUUAUCAUUACUCACAUAUAUCGCAACCACAAUCUUUGAUAUCCAGCCAUCGCUAAGCGCUAAUGUUGACCAUGAGACCCUUGAAAAGCAAGUGUCCAAGUUGUGUUUUCCGGUAAAUGCAAAUUUGAACAGUACCAAAUUUGAGCUCGUGCUAACAAAUCGAAGGAAAUCUGGAAGAUCUAUUACCUAUCGUUUUGACCUCGAUUGCGAAAACCAUGAAUACGAAGUGCUGAAGAAAAAAUCUGGCAGCGGCGCCGAAGCAGAGGAUGAGGAAGAAUUGCUUAGAGAUCUCACUACUUUCAAUUUGACAACGAGUGAGAAACAGAAACUUGCAAGAGAGCAAGUCGAGUUGCCAUUCAUGCAAGCACAAGAGGCUUUAGGAUCUGCAGGAGGAGCAAUUGUAUAUGAAUUCGAAAAGGAUGAUGACUACGAUGAGGAAGAUCCAUAUGAAGAUCCUUUUUAA